AUGCAAGAGCUGACGGCUCAGCUGGGGCUUCUGCAGUCCACCUUGCGCCACUCCUGGUCGGGCGAGAGCCCGCAACAUGACCCUCGGGCGGCGGGCGAGCGGCACCUGGAGCAGCGGGUGCAGCGAACGGAGAUGGCCAUGGCUCGGGAGACCCGGUAUAGCUGGCCUACCUCACCGGAUCCGGAGACACUUAAGAAGGAGAGCCCCUGGCCCUCCUCCAUCCGCGGCUCCGGUAGCCCGGAGUUCGUGCAGCGGGUGCAGCUGGUGAGAGGCAAGCUGGCGAAGAUCCCCCCGCUGCCGGGCAGGAAGGAAGAGACCAAAGAGAAGGAGGAAUGGGAGUCCAUGGAGGCCUUGGUGCAAGAGCGCGAGGAGCUGCAGGAGGAGUGCGACGCACUGAAGGUGCAGCUUUGGGAGGUGCAAACCACGCAGCACGACACCACUGAAGUGGAGCGCGACCGGCUUCAGCGGGAGGUGGAUGUGGUGAGCCGACAGCUGGGGCAAGUGCAGGGGCAGGCGGAGCGCAUCUUUGCGGAGAUGCAGCUGGAGCAUUCCCAGGAGCUGCAGCGCCUGAGCGAGGUACCGGACGAGCAGAAAGAUGAAGAAAUCAAGGAGCUGAAGGAGAGGCUCAGGCAGACCAAGCUGAUGACAGAGGAAGCGGUCGAGGCGCAGAUUGAGGCAGAUGCCCAGACUGAUGCGGAUUUCAGACAGAUGGAAAUGGUGUGGGAGAGUGAGGUGCAAGAGGUGGCCAGCGAAGGCAUCCAAUUGGAGGAGCAAUGCUUGGAGGAGCUCGCGCAGCUCCGGGAGGAGCUCGCGGCGCAGCAGGCGCACGGUCUGCGAGAGGAGCUGAGUGCCCAACAGUCCGCCCUCACCGUGGCGAAGGCCGAGGAAGAUGCGGCGAAGCGCAACAGCGCGGAGACGACCAGGGAGGCGCAGUUGCUCCAGGAGGAGCUGCAUGCCAAAGAGUCCGCCCUCACCGUGGCGAAGGCCGAGGAAGAUGCGGCGAAGCGCAACAGCGCGGAGACGACCAGGGAGGCGCAGUUGCUCCAGGAGGAGCUGAAUGCCAAAGAGUCCGCCCUCACCGUGGCGAAGGCCGAGGAAGAUUCGGCGAAGCGCAACAGCGCGGAGGCGACCAUGGAGGCGGAGUCGCUCCAGGAGGAGCUGCAGGAGCUGCAGGCCGAGCUUCAGCUGAGCGGCAGCCAGCUGAAGGCCCUCCAAAGCGACGUCCAGGAGGAGAAGGCGAAGCAGCUGGAGAUGCAGCUGUCGGCGAAAGCGAAAGCGACUGGCCAAGCCGAGGCAGAGGCACAGGUGGAGCUGCGUGCAGAGCUGCAGAGCGAGCGGCAAGCGGAGCUCAAGGCCGCCCAGCUGAUGAAGCUCGAGACGCAGCAGGGCCAUCUUCAGGCGGAGCUGCGGGAAGAGCGCCAGAAGUGCCAAGAGCUGGGCCGGACCUGCCAGCGAUCUCUCCAACUGGAAGCGGAGCUGUCGGAGGAGCAGGCGGAGGCCAAGCUGCGGCGUGACGCCGCGGCCUAUCUGCGGGGGGAGCUGGCGGCGGCCUCCGCCGAGGCGCAGGAGAUGGAGACCCUGAGGAGAGAGCAAGGCGCCGAGCUUCAAAAAGCGCAGGCCAGCAAGCAGCAGGCCAGUCAGGUCCAAUCUCGGCGACUCCAGCUUGAGCUUCAAGAAGAAAUCAACGAGGUCCUCCAGCUCCAAGAGGGCCUUGCCGAGGAGCGCCAGGCCAGCCGCAAGCUGGCGGCGGAGGCGCGGAACCGGAAGCUGGCGCUGGCGCGGGUGGCGCAGCUGGAGGCGGAGAAGGAGGAGCUGGUGGACCAAAUCUACCAGCUCCAGGCCCAGCUGGAGGACCAGGCUGGAAAGCUGCUGGCGGGGCAGCGCAUGGCAGCGGCCAAGGUGCAGGCCAGCCUCAGCGAGGAGCUCCUGGAGCUUCGGGCGCACGCCAGCCAGACCCAUGCCCGCCAGCAGCAGCUGCAGCUUCUGCAGGCGGAGCUGGCGGAGGAGCGCGCGGGCCGGCAGGCGCUGCUGAGCUCAGAAGCGCAGCUGGCCCAGGAGCUGAUUGAUCUCCGCUGCCACGUGGAACUGGCCGCGGCGGCGACCAAUUCGCGCGGGAGGCGUGCCAGGUCGGCUUCCCCACGAGCCUCCCCCCGGCGGGCCGCUCACGUGGCCAACGCCAACGCCAGCAUUCAGAGCCGGGCCUCGGCGGAGCUGGCAGCGCUGGAGGCGGCGCUGGAGUUGCUGCGGGGCGCCACGGAAAAAGCCAUCGAUUCCUCGCAGCAGGACUCCAAGGGCUCCGAGCUCUUCCUCCGCGCCCAGCUCUGCCGCGCCGAGACCUUGGUGGCCCGCCUCCGCGGCGGCCGCAUGGUGGCGGAGCAGCGCCUCAACCGCCUCCGCGAGGAGUUGGCGAAGGCACCAACCAGGGACCAGCUGCAUAGCACGCUGCUCCUGGAAGCCGCGGCCGCGGACGAGGCCGCGGAACUGGAAGAGGCCCUGGCGGCGCGGGCGGCGGAGAGCGCGGAAUCCGCGCAGGCGGAGCUGGAGGAGCUCAGUUCGCGAUGCGCUGCAGCCUUGGCUGAGACCGCAGCCAUGGAGUCGGAGCUGAGGGCAGAGGCAGAGGAAGCGCAGGUGGCGAUGGCUGCGCACAAGGAGCUGAGUUCGCACUACACCGCCGCCUUCUCCGAGACCUCGGAGAUGGAGUUGAGGCUGAGGGAGUCCGAGGCGGAAGUGGAGACGGUGCAGCAGGAGCUGAGUUCGCAAGCAGCUCACGCUGAGACUUCCACCCUGGAGAUGGAUCUGAGGACGGCCGAGGCCGCGCAAAUGGCAACGGCUGCGCAGGAGCUCUCACAGAUGGCGGAGUCGGAGUUGCAAGCGGAGGCGGCGCUCGCCUCGGAGGUGCGGAAGGAGCUGCGGGCCGAGCAGCGCCGCAGCGCCCGCCUGAGCGUGGCGGAGCAAAACUUGGAGCAGGAGAUGCGGCAGCUGCAGCAGGAGCUCCAGGAGCGUGCCGCUACCUCUGCGCGGAGCUGGCGCCAGAGUUGGGCCCUGCCCGACGCUCGCUCGGAGACGGCGGACACCAAGGCUGCAACCCCAGUCCUGGAGGUACCAGAAGCGGCCUCCGAGGCCUCCGCUUCUCGCAAUUGGCGCCUGUCCUGGAGCGAUGUGUUGGACCUGUUGGACCACGCUGGCGGCCAAGACUACCAGACGCGCGCGCUGAAGAAGACCACCCAGCCAAACAUCGGCCCCUUCGCCGAUCGGCCCGCGCGGGAGUGUGUCCGCCUGCUGGAGACUUGGCACUUCCAAGGCCCGAGUCAGGAUUCGGGCCCGGAGUUCGCGAUCGGGGCCCGCGCCAUGCCAAUGCUGAGGAAAAUCCAGUCAAGCUUCAACGAGCCGAUGCGCACCCGCGUUCACAACAACGCUGGCAGUCAAGCUGUGAUCCGGGAAUCCUUUCAGAUUAACAUCGAUGAGCUCGCGCCGGACACCUUAAUGACGCUGCUGGUCAAAGACCAGUCCUUGCUGGUGAGCUCAGAAGUGGCAUCUCAGCUGCACCGGGAACUGGGAACAAACGAAAUAGAACCAGAUGAUUCCCAUAGGGAAACUGCCAGGAGAGUGAUACUAAGCGGGUUUAAGAUGUUUCAAUCAAGGGGUUGGGCUACCUGCAGGGGUCCACAAAGCUGGCAACUUGGCUCCGGAUUUGAGUCGAGCCCGUAG